AUGGUCAGAAUCCCUUCGUMGGGCCCUCGAUAUCGCCGAGUUCAGGACGACGUUGCGGAACGCGAGUCCUCAUCUUUCGAACAGCAUGCGGUCGACUCUAUUGAUGCCAUCAGUCUUGGGGACUUUGAUAACGGCACCUGGCAGAAGCAGAUCGGGCCCGAUUUGCUCGAUGACGGCUAUGAUGGUGCCGCGAUGAUGGACGGAGUCGUCGCUGUAUGGGACACAUAUGGCAAAUACUGUUUCUUCAUCGGCUUGGGAUUCCUGGUGGUUGCCUUCGAGCUCAUGGCCUCCACAAGAUCCUCGUAUGAGACGUACGCCCUCUCGGAGUUCAAGGCUCUUUCUAUGAAAGGUACCUUGGACGUUCUAGGAGCCCUGGGCUCUGCGAGUGUCAAGAUUCCUAUCGCCAAACUUUCAGAUGUCAUUGGGAGAGGCGAGACCUAUUGCAUCAUGUUACUCUUGCUGGUAUUCUCCGCAACUGUGCACGCUUCCUCUGUCGGAUUUCGAAGCUAUGUUCUCGGGUCAUUGCCAUGGAUCUUCGGGGCAGCUGGUAUUGCACUACUUGAUUUCAUUGUGAUCUCGGACGUUACUUCAAUGCGGAAGAGAGCGGUGGCUGUGAGCAUGCUCUAUCUUCCGUUCCCAUUCACUACCUGGCUUGCCGGGAGCAUCGUAGAGACUGUCAAAGAUGGCAUCGGAUGGCGAUGGGGGUAUGGAAUGUUCGCCAUCAUCAUUCCACUCGCAGCAUCGAUGUUCGUCUUAACGAUACUUUCAUUGCAGCGGAAAGCGAUGAKAGCGGGUUACACCAUCGCCAGGAGGACAACGAUCCGAGGACUCUGCUCUCGCAUCGAUCUUGGAGGCUCGUUGCUUUUGGCCUCUGGAUUUGGACUCGUGCUGCUUCCCGUUACGCUGGCGGCGCAGAGUCACGAUCAUUGGAACUCCCGAUGGAUCMCAGCGCUGAUUGUAUUUGGGAGCCUCCUUUUGAUCUUGCUGGUACCAUACGAGGCCUUUGUUGCCAAACAUCCUGUGAUACCAGUGGCAUACUUCCGCUCCAGAGCCAUUGUGGUUGCAGUUCUCGUUUGCACUAUCGAUGCCUGCGGGUUCAGAGUCACACACACGUACCUGUUCCCGUGGUGUAUCGUCGCUCAUAACUUCUCCACCCGCAAUGCCCUCUAUCUGGAACACAUCAACGGUUUGACCCUGCUCGCGACCAGUUUCUUCGCGGGCUGGAUCAUGAUGAAAACACGAUCGUACAAGUGGAUGAGUGUGAUUGGAGCCGUGAUUCGUGCCGUGGGCUACGGCUUCAUGAUUAGACUGCGUACGAACGGUAGCACCACGACUGAGCUCUUCGUGGUACAGGUCAUACAAGGCCUAGGGAGUGGAUUCCUGGAAGGAAGCAUGUUUAUGGCGGCACAGAUUGUGGUCCCUCAUGCGGAGCUCGCGCAGGUGACCGCUUUGAUCGCUAUGACUGCUCAUGUAGGGGCUGCGAUUGGCGCGGCCGUUGCCGGUGGGAUAUAUACAACGGCGAUGAAAGGCCAGCUAAGAGCUCGGCUGGGAAUAGGGGCUUCUGCAGAGCGGAUUGACGACCUGUACGACUCCAUCACUGGCACGCUUCCGGAGUGGGGAUCCGAGGAUAGGGCUGCCGUUGGAGCCGCUUACUCGGACGUUGUUGGCUACAUGACAGUCGUGGCGCUGUUCGUUGCACUUCCGGUCGUGUUGCUUGUGUUGCUGAUGCCUGACAAUAAACUCAGUGAUGCCAAGAAUCUGGUGGAAGACGCAGAGGACGAUAAAGUCGAAAUGCGAGUAGUGUAG